CGCGUAUUCAAACAUGGAUGACAAAACGUCAAACGGAGACAGUCGUGAAACGGUAAACAGUAGGCCGCAAUUCGGAACACGAAACUUACCUAGUGACGGAAAUAUUUUCCAGCACAAUGCAUGGGACAACGUCACGUGGGACGAGGAACAAGAAAAGCUCGCACAACGCAAAGUGAAUGAAAAUUCGAUUGUUACGGUAUCCUCUGAACAACUCUUAAAAUAUGAGACUGAAGCGGAUAAAUAUUGGGACAAAUUUUACGGUGUGCAUAACGAUGGAUUCUUUAAAAACCGACACUGGCUGUUGACUGAAUUUCCAGAAUUAGCACCCGAUAUAGUAAAGCAAAAUACUGAAAGACCAAUGCGAGCUGCACUUGCAGAUCAAGAUAAGAACCAUGGCGAUAGAUAUAUUAAAAUUCUUGAUUUACCAUGCAAAGAUGGUUGUAGGAUUUUAGAGAUAGGCUGUGGUGUAGGAAACACUGUGUUUCCUAUACUUACGUAUAACGUAGACCCAAAGUUAUUUGUAUAUUGUUGUGAUUUUUCCACUAAAGCUAUUGAUAUAUUGCAACAAAAUCCCGCAUAUAACGUAGAUAGGUGCAAAGCAUUUGUUCUUGAUGUAACUCAAGAAACAUGGACGACUCCUUUCGAACCUGAAAGUUUGGACAUUGUCGUCUUGAUAUUUGUAUUGUCUGCCAUCCAUCCUGAUAAAAUGCAACAUGUUGUGCGGCAGAUACACAGGUACUUGAAACCGGGUGGGAUAGUUUUGUUUCGCGAUUACGGCAGAUACGACUUAGCGCAAUUGAGAUUUAAGAAGGGCAAUUGUCUCGGCGGUAACUUUUACGCACGCGGAGACGGUACUAGAGUCUAUUUUUUUCUGCAAGAGGAUGUCAAAACGUUAUUUACCGAUAAUGGCUUCACAGAAGAACAAAAUUUCGCGGAUAGACGACUACAAGUUAACAGAGGUAAACAAUUGAGUAUGUACAGAGUGUGGAUCCAGGCGAAAUAUCGGAAGAUAUUCGCAUAAAAACAAGCAAGAACGAAUCCUAUGAUUUACCGAGAUCUCUAUUGGACAAAUUAAAGUUUACGACUGAAAAUAUUAUUCGAAAUAAAAAAGUCGAAUACUUGCGUAAAAAUUAAUAGUAUCGAUUAAUAUAAUUAAUAUAAAUUGUGUACUUUCUAUACCUGGGUACUUAAAUAUUCGAAUACA